CGCCCCGCCCACGGAGCGUGGCGGCCGCGGCGAUGGCGGAGGCGGACGCUGCGCGCGGCUGUAUCGUCCCCCGCCCCGGCGCCGCGCCGCUUUCUAACGGGGUCUCUCCCUCCCUCCCUCCCGCAGGAGCCGCUGUGGCGCUGGUGGAGCGCGGCGCCGGCCGGGGCGCCGGCCCCGGCGAGCUCGUGGCUCUGGCGCAGCAGGUGCAGCAGGCAGAUGAAUUCAUCCGAGCUAAUGCCUGCAACAGAUUGACCGUCAUAGCUGAGCAAAUCCGGUAUCUGCAGGAGCAGGCCCGGAAGGUCUUGGAUGAAGCUAACAGAGAUGCUGAUCUUCAUCAUGUAGACUGCAAUAUUGUGAAGAAACCAGGAAACAUCUACUACCUGUAUCGGCGGGAAAGUGGCCAGAGAUACUUUUCCAUCCUUUCUCCUAAGGAAUGGGGGACCAGUUGCCCUCAUGAGUUCCUUGGUGCCUAUAAGCUUCAGCACGACAUGUCCUGGACUUCAUCCGAGAACAUUGAGAAACGAGAUGCUGAAAUUAGCAUCCUUGAUAAGCUGCUGAGCCAGCAGGCAGUGUUGCCUCAGUGUACAGAGCCCAACUUCCAAGGCCUCACCAAGUGAAGCAGGCUGGCAAGAACAACGCAGGCAUUCUGAACGGCUUCUAGAAGAGGAUGGAUUUUCCUUUCCUGACCACUGCAAAAGGAGUUCUAAGAAUGGAGUCCAAGAAAUGAAAACAGACCAGCAGCUCAGUUCAGCUACCCCUACUUCCAGAUUUUCAUUUAAAACUCUUAACACAAACCAUUUCUGCCUUGCCCCACAGCAUCUAACAACUUGUAGUUUAGUUAAUUACUCUACCAGCUCUAAGAACAGACAUCUAUCUUAAGUUCCUCUAGUAUCUUCUGCCAUAGUCUACACUACAGAGUUAGGUGGACGUAAGGUAGCCUACAUCGACCUAAUUAUGUCAGUGUACACACUACAGCCUUGCUCCUGCUGAUGUAAGUGACCUACUACACGGAUGUAAUAAUUCCACCUCUGUGAGAGGCAUAGGGCUUAUGGUAGUGUAGUUAGGGUGACAGCGUGUGUAGACACUGUGGGAUAUUUACAUUGGCUGUCAUUCUUGUCAAUUUCAUGGUUCAGUGCUGGAGCCAUGAAAUAGACAAGAAAGCCCUUACAGCUAGGUCUGUUACCCCAGGGUGAAUGGAGGGCUCCCCCUCCCAGUCAGGCUGUUGCCCCCAGGGGCUCUCAACUCCCCACCAGGAAUCUCAUGUUCUUGAGUUCUACAACUGAAAGUUCCUUUUCUGUGCCCCCCUCUGCUCCCACACUAUACCCCACUCACAGUGGUUGUUCUUGGUCAGUGAGGACCCAGGGUUCAGAAGUGCACCUAUGUGAGUUCACCUCUCACUCAGGGAAAAAGACACCUGGCUUGCUCUACCAUCUGAGCACUUGCUCUGCCAGCUGCUGCUCCUUGCUGCCUGUUAGUCACCUCUUGCUACCACCAGUCUGUCUCCUGUGAUCUCUGCAGGUCAGUCUCUUAGUGAUUUUUUGCUCUCAGUAGGUUGGGCAGAAACACUGCCCCACUGCAAGUGAUUUCAGCUCUCAUGGAGUACUUAACAAAGGCUCCUAAUGACACCUAUUUAGCUCUGUCUUUGAACAGGGGGGAAGAACAGGUUAAACCAGACUGGGGACCCUUAGGGAGAGUCAGCACCUGUCCCUGCCCCUCUAACUUUCACAGGGGUCUGGCAUUUGAGCCAUUGGCAUAACAAGGUCCUUUCAGCUAAGGGUGAUCCCCUCAUUUGGAUUAAGCACAGUUCUGCUCCCCUUUAUUCAUACAAUAAAGAAGACAACACUGAUAACAGCAUUUCACUACCCCUAUAUUCAGUACUAAAGUGAUUUGUAACCCAAUACCAGCCAAAGUUGAUCACUUUGAGCAACACUGCUCCCUCUGCUGGAUAUUUAAGCAGAGUAGGUGUGUUCAUGUAAAUACAGUUUGCUCCUGAAGUCUCUCCACCUCCCAGUUACGUGUCAAGGGAGAGUUCAUUCAGACCCUGCUUACAGUAGUUUGACUUGUGCCAAAUGGUAGCAAGGUCAAUACUAUCCAGUGGAGUAAAUAUAAGUACCUUAUUCUUGGAGAUGCCUCACUUCCAGGGUACUGAGCAGGUUCCCCCUGGCAUGAUGAUGCGUAAGCCAGACUCAGUGCGGAGAAGCUUGUCAUAGAAGGCUCAAGAAACUAGGCCCUCUAGGCCACCUUUCAUCUGCUGCCUCCUUCAGGGGAGUGAGGCCUGGGAGAGUCCAGCAGGUGCCAUUUUGGGGUUUGUUUUUCUGAUAAGGAAAAAACAAUUUAAAUUUUUUUUAAUUAAAGCUAAUGUUAAAAUUAUCAAAUACACAGGUUAAGGAAAGAGCAUUUAUACAUCUGACUAUAAUGCUUAAAUUAUUCAAAAGUACAGAGUUUGGUUUAAAAGUCAGAAAAUACAUAUAAUCUAGAACUCUGCCAAAACACUUAGAAUGCCAUUUCCCAUCCACAUGCCUGGGGCUUGCAAAGUAUCUAGUGGCUGAGUGCAGGGCUCUUAGAUGCUCAUCUUAAAUGUUGUAGCAUUGUGUUAGGUUUUCCUCGAAUAUUGUAGAAAUAAAAAUAUGCUCCACCACAAAAGAAUUUCAGAAGCAGCUGUGCUGCCAGGAAUAGGAAA